UGUUCCCUCCCCUCGCCCUCUCACUUCCUGGUUCCAAGCUCUUCCGGUUUCCCGGCGUUUCCUUCGCAGCGUUCAGUGCAGUGGUCCAUUGUGGUCUAGUGGAUGGUGGCGAUCCUCUCUAUGCGUGUCACAAGCUUUGAAAAGACAAGUGGUUCCUGAACGCAUCGCCAGCGCACCAUAACACGGAGCUGUGUAAAGCCUCCUUGGUUCUCAUAAUCCGAGGACAACUACUAAAAAAGACCCGUGGCCACUGACUGAACUCAAGAUAAGGACAGGGGACACUGCUGCUUCGCAUGCCCUUUUUAUUUGUGUGAUUUGUUUGCUGUGGACUUUAUUUGCUGUGCUCCGUUUCCUUUUUUUUGCUUUGCCUGUCGCUCCCGGCUCAAGUCCGACGCCGCUGUGAGCAUAUUGCUUGCGGGAGCUGGGUGUUCUAGUCCUGGUCCCGGGCUUCUUUCCCCGAGCCGCAGACCCGGGCUGUAGCCUCCCUGUCUGGGCUGCGUGUGUGGGUGUUUGUGACAGAAGUUUGUAGCAGUUGCUGCAACAGUGUGGAUGAGAGUGAGUGAGUGAGUUUAGUAUAGGGCUGUUUUGUUUGUUUUGAGAUUAAGCUGGAUAUUUGUUUCAGGUUUAUUUUGUUGAGUUGGUAACUCUGGCCAGAGACCCCUUUUCUUUAUUUCAUUUACACCAUUUGGAUAAAUUGCUCAUUACUUUUGCUUUAGUUCUUUGGUACCUACAACGGCUUUUGUUCAUUGUGUUAACAGUAUUUCAUAUUUUCUUUUGAAGGAGUUGUGUAUUAUUGUGUCUAACUGUUUUUCUUUUGUUGUGCAGCUGCUGAGAGCCGGUGGUGGUGGUGGCAUCCCCGGUGGUGGUUUCCCUUCGUGUGCUGUGGUCCUGAGUUUGGUUUUUUUGUGCACCUCACCUUUUGCUGUGCGUGUGUGUGAGUGGGGUGUUCCUUUUUAAUUUUGGAUUCCUCACCCCUGUUCCCCCCUCACCAUCGAUGGCAAGCAACGGUAAGAGGAGACUGCAAACAUCGAACCGUACAACAAGUCUUCAUUCAUAGCAAAAUCAUAUGCUAUUGCUGAUAAUCCAUUCAAGUGCAAUAUUCUUCCACUCAUUCAUGUACAUUUUUAUCCUCCCAUCCACUCUUUUUUUAUAGUGUAUAUAUAUAUUUCCUGGUUUCCUGGUUUAAUUUGGUUUUUAUUUUUUUUGGUAUUCAUGUUUCCUGUUUUUCAUUUUGUUGUUUACAGUACUUGUUUACAUAGUCUGUGUGCACUUUUACGGAGCUGCUGCCUAAUCUCAUUGUACCAGUAUAAUGAUAAUAAAGGCUUUCUAUUCUUUCUAUUCUAUUUCUAUUCUUUCUAUAAUGAUAAGGUAAUUAACAAAUUACCAUUUGACUGUAAUCUAAAUUGAAUAAAAUAUUAAUGUGUAAAUAAUUACAUUGUUGUUGAAAAAAUAUUUCUCAAGGCAAAACUGAAAGACUUGGUGUCUGGGUCGCGUGAUGAGAAUGAAGUAUUGAGAGUAUUAUCGAGAAGAUUUCCCAUCACAGUGACGGACAUUGUCAGUCUUUGCCCAGUCGAGUUGCUGAAUCAAUCUUCUAUGGUCAUGCCAUGGCUGACUGAUGAUGUAAGUUUAACAAAACUUAUCAUUUACACAGUUAAAUGAAUGGCAAAGACUGCUACAUUCUAACGAGUUCAAACAGGUGCAGUUAAUACAGGUAAUGAGUGGAGAACAGGAGGGCUUCUUAAAGAAGAACUAACAGGUCUGUGAGAGCCGGAAGUCUUACUGGUUGACAGGGUGGAUCUUUAUGCACCUUUUGAUUUCAUUUUGUGGCAUCGCGAAUGGAAAAAUUGUGGAGGAGUAAGUGAGAAAGUAGUGAAACGCAUCCCUGUAAGUCCUUUUUUGACUAUUUUUGUAUAAUGUAGGACACUGUCCAAAACAAAUGAAAAAAGAUGUUAACAUGGACUUUGCUGUAGGUUGUGGAGAAGCUAUUUCUCCCCAGAAUUGUGGGUCAUUCUUCUCCAGAGACAGGGAACCAUUUCAUUCUUUGGGUGUUUGACUUCAAAGAAAAGGAGAUCCGUGUGUAUGACUCACUUGAUUCAUAUACAAGGAUCUCCAAAACAGACAUGACUCUCCUGAACCUCUUUCUUUUUUAGUAACGUCUUCAGAUUUUCUGGCAGCCUCCUGUCAUGGUUCGGUUUGCUGAGGACCCAAGUGCAGGAGAACAGGAGCCAUGAGUUGCAACAAAAAAGGGUUUAUUUACAAAAAGGCAAAAACAAAGCCAGGCCAACACAUGGCCAAUGUUCUGGGGGCCGUCCUGGGGACUGGGCAGACCGGCGAGACAGCUCGGGGGGGGGUCCCCGAGGCCUAGGCCUGGGUCUUGGCGUGGGUCUUGGCGGGGGACGUGACAGGGACUCUUGGCGUGGCUCGGGGGCUUGGCGCGGCUCGGGGACUUGCCGCGGCUCGGGGACUUGCCGCGGCUCGGGGACUUGCCGCGGCUCGGGGACUUGCCGCGGCUCGGGGACUUGCCGCGGCUCGGGGACUUGCCGCUGCUCGGGGACUUGCCGCUGCUCGGGGACUUGCCGCUGCUCUGGAACUUGACGUUGCUCUGGAACUUGACGUUGCUCUGGAACUUGACGUUGCUCUGGAACUUGACGUUGCUCUGGAACUUGACAUGGCUCUGGAACUUGACAUGGCUGCGGGGGUACCCGGGUCCGAGGCGCCGGCUGCGGGGGUACCCGGAUCCGGGGCGCCGGCUGCGGGGGUACCCGGGUCCAGGGCUCCGGGAGUACCCGGGUCCGAGGCGCUGGCCCCCCCUCAAGGGACAGAUCCCAGAUGUCCCCACAGUCCACAUCCAGGGCGGGCGGGCGGGGGGGGCCUGGGCGCUGGCUGCGGAGCAGGGGCUGAUGCGUCCGGGACCACCACUGGAACAUGGGGAGGUGCGUCCGGGACCACCACUGGAACAUGGGGAGGUGCGUCCGGGACCACCACAGGAACAUGGGGAGGUGCGUCCGGGACCACCACUGGAACAUGGGGAGGUGCGUCCGGGACCACCACAGGAACAUGGGGAGGUGCGUCCGGGACCACCACAUGGAACAUGGGGAGGUGCGUCCGGGACCACCACUGGAACAUGGGGGGGUGCGUCCGGGACCACCACCGGAACAUGGGGAGGUGAGUCCGGGACCACCACUGGAACAUGAGCUGGAGCCGGAACAAGCUGGGGCUGGCGCUGACGCCGUCGUCGUUGCCUCCCCUGAGCCUGCAGGCUCCUGAGCCCACCCAGAGCUUGGCAUGUUCCCAAAAAGGGGUCCCCAUACUCCCCCUCCUCGACCCAGCGCAAAAACUCCAGCAGUGUGAGGCGCUCUCCCGCUGGGUCCAUCUGGUCGGUCCGUUCUGUUACAAUAGGUUAGAUAAGGACCCAAAUGCAGGAGAGCAGGAGCCAGGGGGUACCCGGGUCCGAGGCGCCGGCUGCGGGGGUACCCGGAUCCGGGGCGCCGGCUGCGGGGGUACCCGGGUCCGGGGCUCCGGGAGUACCCGGGUCCGAGGCGCUGGCCCCCCCUCAAGGGACAGAUCCCAGAUGUCCCCACAGUCCACAUCCAGGGCGGGCGGGCGGGGGGGGGCCUGGGCUCUGGCUGCGGAGCAGGGGCUGAUGCGUCCGGGACCACCACUGUAACAUGGGGAGGUGCGUCCGGGACCACCACUGGAACAUGGGGAGGUGCGUCCGGGACCACCACAGGAACAUGGGGAGGUGCGUCCGGGACCACCACUGGAACAUGGGGAGGUGCGUCCGGGACCACCACAGGAACAUGGGGAGGUGCGUCCGGGACCACCACAUGGAACAUGGGGAGGUGCGUCCGGGACCACCACCGGAACAUGGGGAGGUGAGUCCGGGACCACCACUGGAACAUGAGCUGGAGCCGGAACAAGCUGGGGCUGGCGCUGGCGCUGACGCCGUCGUCGUUGCCUCCCCUGAGCCUGCAGGCUCCUGAGCCCACCCAGAGCUUGGCAUGUUCCCAAAAAGGGGUCCCCAUACUCCCCCUCCUCGGCCCAGCGCAAAAACUCCAGCAGUGUGAGGCGCUCUCCCGCUGGGUCCAUCUGGUCGGUCCGUUCUGUUACAAUAGGUUAGAUAAGGACCCAAAUGCAGGAGAGCAGGAGCCAGGAGUUGCAACAAAAAAUGGUUUAUUUACAAAAAGACAAAAACAAAGCGCUGCUUGGCAGGAAUAACAAAAAACCAGGAUCGUGAAGGACAAAAACUACGAGGAGACAUGGAGGAGGGAACAGUACGGACCGACAGGGGACAAAGGAAUGACAAGACAAGAUAUACCGAGGGGAUAACGAGACAUGAAGAGACACAGGUGCAGACACAAUCAGGGCAGAUGGGACACAGGCGGGGCAAGACAGAAACUGAAGGCUGGGGGGAAUGUCAACCUUGACACCUCCAAAACUGGGAUGUCAUCUAUCCUCCUCAGUGGAAGCAGCAGGACACUGUUAAUUGUGGAGUGUUUGUGUGUUCUGUAUGUUCUGAGUUCUAUGAAGUAAUUACUGUUCUGUGGUCUGUCAAAUUGGUCUGUCAAAUUGGUUUGUCUAAAUUAAUUGUUUUAAAACUAACCAGGCUGCUGAAAAUGAGGUGCGAAAUAUUGAGGUCACUUCAGAAGCUCUGACGCUCAGCCAGUGCAGGGCUCUUCGUUUGCACCACGCAACAGAAAUGAUAAAAAACGUGAAUGCUAAGGACUUUCCACUCACAGCAGCAGAAAUGCUACAGAUGGAGCAAGAUGAAUCUAAACUCCAGGCAGCUGAGGCCAGAAAAAAAACUCGAGCAGUCAUUGCCUGGCAUGGCAAACUAAGACAUGUCUUUCAAAGAGCAACCGGUUCAAGCAAAAGCACCAGCAUGGGUCCGAAGCGUUACAAAGCAUACCACGAGGAUGACGAAGCACCAAUUCCAAAAAGGACAAAAACAAGAAGACGAAGGAGAAUGCUUGAUGAUGAGGGAGAUGAAGAAGCUCAACCUGUGGACUCUUCAACCAAUCAGGAACCCCAGGCCUCUACUGCUCCUGAUGACACAAUGAACCAACCAGUACCUAGCCCUAUGUCUUUCCCAGAAGAUCAGGAAGAGGGACCAAGCUCUUCAUCUCCAACCGCAGACCAGAAACCAACUAAAGAACAGGUGGAACUGCUGCUGCUGGCAUUAAAACUCAAACACGGACUGACAAACAAAGCCUUGGAGGACAUUCUGCAGCUCAUCAACUUCAGUAGUGGGCCUGAUGGGCUGUCAGUGAGUGGUUCUAAGUACCUGUUCUUCAAAUCAUUCGAAUCAGUGAAAGACUUACUAGAGAUACACUAUGUCUGCAAGACGUGCAACGUAAGGAUGCAGGAAGGUCCCUUCAAUGUCAAAUGCCCAGUUUGUGACCAGAACAUAUCAAAAGCACAUGCACAGAAAGAUCAGUGUUUUUUGUACCUGCCGCUAAAAGCUCAAAUCCAAAAACUGCUUGAGGACCACCAAUUAGGGAAACACUUAAAACACAGAUUUGAGAGGAUUGGUGACUCCAUCAAAGAUAUAUACGAUGGAAAUCUGUACAAAAAACUACCAUUGCUUGCCUCACAAGAUAACAUAUCACUGGCUUUCAAUGUUGAUGGAGUGCCAGUGCACAAAUCAAACCCAACAAGUUUGUGGCCAAUUCUAUGCACUAUUAAUGAACUGCCAAUAGAACUACGGGGAAAACACCUUAUGCUGAGUGGCCUGUGGUUUGGUCCAAACAAACCGAAUAUGAACACCUAUCUGAAACCAUUUGUUGAUGAAUGCAAAGAUUUGUAUUCUAAUGGUCUUACAUGGCAAAGUGACAGUGGUGAAGUCACAAGCAAAGUAGUAGUCACUAUCAUGGUGGCAGAUUCAGUUGCUCGUCCAAUGCUUCAGAAUUUCAAACAGUUUAAUGGAGAGUUUGGGUGCUCUUUCUGUACACAGAAAGGCACAAGUGUUUUAAAACGGAGGGGGCGUGUAAGGGCUUAUCCUUAUGAAAACGUUGAGUUAAGAACUCCUUCCCAAACUGACAAUCAGGUAGAACAGGCUAUUGCGAGUGGAAACCCCUCAUUGGGAGUGAAAGGGCCUAGCAUUCUGUGUAAUCUGCCUGAUUUUAAUAUUAUCGAUGGCUGUGUUCCUGAUUAUAUGCACAGUGUGCUUCUGGGUGUAGUUAGAAGCAUCGCCACACUGUGGUUAAAUCCUGAAAACAACCAAUCUCCAUGGUAUAUUGGACGCUCAAUUGAACAAAUUGAUGCCAUUUUGACUUCCAUCAAACCCCCAUGUAAUAUUUCUCGUGUCCCCCGCUCAAUGAAAGACAGAAAGUUCUGGAAGGCACAUGAGUGGUACAUGUGGAUGUUAUAUUACAGCAUACCAACAUUGAAAGGGAUCUUACCUGAGAGCUACUUAAAGCAUUGGUUUAAGUUGGUAAUGGGGGUCUCUAUUCUACUUGGCGAGAAUAUAGCCCCACUGCAGAUAUCCGAAUCUGAGAAGUGGCUGACAGAGUUUGUGCAAGAAAUGGCAAGCCUUUACGGCACAAAUAAUGUCACUUUCAAUGUACAUUUGUGCCUUCAUCUACCAAAUACUGUAAAGAACUGGGGACCCCUCUGGGCACAGUCUGCAUUUGUCUUUGAGUCCUACAACGGGGUCCUUCUGGAUAUGGUAAAGAGUAGUCAGGGGGUUUCUCUACAAAUAAUGAAAACAGUUUGGCUACAGGUGGCAUUUCCAUCAUUUUCCAAAAAAGCCCUGGGGGGGAUCCUCUGAGUAUUCAGCUCUCUUAGAGUCAUUUUCAUGUGCAAAAAAAAAGGGUUACACAAGUCAGCCGCUCUGAUGGUGUUACAUGUCUGGGUAGGCCUAACAUUUGUAUGAUCAAGAAUGACGAUUUCCUGGCGUUGAAUAGCAUCGUUAACCUACCAACUAGAGUCCCUGUCAAGUAUUUUAGCAGAGCAGUGGUUAACUCAGAAAUGGUUCACUCACAAAACUACUCCCGUACUUUCCGGAGAAAUUCAUACACGGUCAUUCUUUCUGAUGAAAAGGAAAGUGUUUUCUCUGUGAAGACAUUCAUUCACUGUGAUCUAGGACAGGGAGAGACAACAUAUGCAAUAGGGAAGUACUACAAAAAAGAGAAACAUGACAUUUGCAGUCAAUUUAAGAAUCCUUUGUAUUUUAUCCCUGUGGGGAAAAGUCUGGGAAAUUUAGUUGCUGUACAAGCAUGUCAGAUAAAAGAAAAGUGUCUGUUUGUUGAAACUAACAGAAAUGUAAACUUUGUAUUCAAAUUUGUUAACCACAGUGAAAUGCUUUCUUAGAUGCUCAAUGUUUUCAAU